UAACUCCCACCGAUAACUUUUAAAACCACCCCCGCACUCAACCGAAGCGUUCUCAUUGGAAACAGCUGAUCGGCAGACCGGGUUUGCAGAUACGUGUAAAAAUAAACGCACAAUUAUUUUUUCCUCGCACAAAUCGGACUCCAGUUCCCAAAACUCCAAAAUGUACCAGAAUUUGGAUGAGCACAAUCGAUUGGUGAACAAAUACCUCAAGAUAUUCUUCGUUGUAGCACUUUACUGGUGCACCUCGAUAUUGACGGUAUUCGUGAAUAAGCAUUUGCUAAGCAGCGAUACAGUAAAUCUCAGCGCACCACUAUUUUUGUCAUGGUUCCAGUGCGUGGUAUCCACGGUAAUUUGUUUUGCCGCCAGCCGUCUGAGCAAGAAGUAUCCUUCGGUAUUCACAUUUCCCGAAGGGAAUCCGCUGGACAUCGAUACUUUCCGCAAGAUACUGCCGCUAUCCGUUUUAUAUACCCUGAUGAUUGGGGCCAAUAACCUCUCCCUAUCCUAUGUCACAGUGGCAUUUUACUACAUUGGUCGCUCGUUGACCACUGUGUUUAGUGUGGUCCUCACCUACGUUAUCUUGCGCCAGCGCACCAGCUUUAAGUGUCUACUGUGCUGUGCCGCUAUUGUUAUAGGAUUUUGGCUAGGAGUGGACCAGGAAAGCCUCACAGAGGUAUUCUCCUGGCGGGGUACCAUCUUUGGAGUGCUCAGUUCGUUGGCCUUGGCCAUGUUUUCCAUCCAGACAAAAAAAUCGCUGGGAUACGUCAACCAGGAAGUGUGGCUACUCAGCUACUACAAUAAUUUAUACUCCACGCUGUUAUUUCUUCCCCUGAUAAUCAUCAACGGUGAGUUGGAGACUAUUAUUACAUAUCCACACCUGUGGGCUUCUUGGUUCUGGGCCGCCUUGACCCUCAGUGGAAUUUGUGGAUUUGCCAUAGGUUUUGUUACAGCCCUGGAAAUCAAGGUCACAUCCGCACUGACGCAUAAUAUCUCGGGAACAGCUAAGGCAUGCGCUCAAACGGUAAUCGCCACCCAGUAUUAUCAUGAUGUUCGAUCGGCACUAUGGUGGACCUCCAAUGUGGUGGUGCUGGUGGCCAGCGCCGCCUACACCCGGGUCAAGCAACUUGAGAUGCUCCGUCAGCAUCAGCAACGUGCCGCGGCCACCCAGAAGGCUUAAGAGCAAUUUUUAUAAUGCUGCCAAAGUAACGUAGACUGUUUAGGACUCUAGGAGAUGUAAGUUUAAAGUAUGCACAAAUGAUCCAUCAACAAAAAUACAUAGGUUUUUGUGUUAACUAA